UCAGCUGCCUCUUUUCUCUGGAAUAAUGGAAAUACUGAGGCUUUUGGCUACUAAGAGGCAAGGGUGGGCCCUUCCUUUGUGUUCAGUCUGAAUUAAAUUAUGUGAAAGUUAGUUCUUUCCAAGCCUAAGCUGCCUUCUGUUCCCGCCCUCAGAAAGUCCCAGUUCCUUUAUUCCCCAGUGAUAACCAUGAGCUGCCAGUAGAGGCUGCUGUAGUUCCAUAUGUGGAAAGUGACGUGGUUCAAGGUGCUUCCUAGGACCCAGUCUUGCUUUACUAUAUACCAGUUCUGUCAAUGAAUAAUCUCCUCAGUUCCCUGAGAAGAUACCAGGGGCUCCUGGUUCCAAUUUUCAAGUUCGUUUAAGGGCUGCCUAGGGCCCUAGCUCCCCCCGAAAUAAAGUUUUCCCAGCUUCACCUUGCAAAUAGCCUGGUUUCCAAUGAGAACCUCAUUGUCACAGCAAAAAGUUUUACGGUCAUGAACAGCAGAGGAAGAUCUCUAUUUCAUUUCAGAGAACAGUACCAGUAGCUAAUAUUUUUGAAUACCUACAGUGUGUAAAACUCUGUUAAGCGCUUUAUGUGCAUAGUCACAUUUAAUCUUCAUGAUUCUGUCAAGUGGUUUUUAUUAUUCCUUUUCUGUAGGUGAGGACACUGAACACUCAGGUUAGGUAACUUCCCCAGGAUCAUUGAGCUUAGAGAGCUGGGACUAGUGUCUUAACCCAGGCCCUCAACCAUUUAUUCCUCCUUUCUCACUAACAAGAUAGAAAGAGGCUGAAACUUCAGAUCAAGGGAUUGGCAUUAGGUAGCAGGCAGAAUUCAGUGCUUAUCGGUGAACUGGGCAGUGGGUCCUAGAAAUACUGGGCAGGAAAGUAAACAAUUAACGGUGCCUGCACAUGGCACGCAGGACUUCAUGGGUGUCUGAGAUUUUGCAUUCUUCUUAGGCCUGUUCUGGGUAGGAGAUGUUUAGUGUUAAUCUAAAACCCUUUAAUCUGGUCUAAAUGGAUGGAAAUCAGUAGUUGGUACUGACUGGGUACUGUUAGGAGUUCAGGGCACAGAAGAAGUUUAUACACGUGGGAGUAGCUCCUUUAGCCAAACCACAGGACAGAAAAUUGGAACAGAAUUAUACAAAUCCAGGUCAGAAAUUUCCUGUCCAACCCAUGGGGUGGAGUCUUCUCCAUUCCUGUCCAUCCUAGUGAAUAUAUACCCUGACUGAAUGUCAGUGACUGGAAGGAGCAUCUAGUAGGACGCUGCUUUUAGCUCUCAGCAUCCACAAUGAAUCUCAAGGUAGUCCUUGUAUUCCUGGCACUGUCCCUCAUUACCAUCUUCACCCUGGCCUAUAUUCUGCUGACCAGUCAAGGUGGCUCCAGCCAGCCUCCCCGCUGCCCCUCUGUAUCCCCCAGUGCCCAGCCCUGGACACAACCUGGCCAGAGCCAGCUGUUUGCAGACCUGAGCCGAGAGGAACUGACUGCUGUGAUGAGCUUUCUGACUCAGCACCUGGGCCCUGGGCUGGUGGAUGCAGCUCAGGCCCGGCCCUUGGACAACUGUGUCUUCUCAGUGGAGUUGCGUCUGCCCCCCAAGGCGGCAGCCCUGGCCCACCUGGACAGGGGGAGCCCUCCACCUGCCCGGGAGGCCUUGGCCAUCGUCUUCUUUGGUGCACAAGCCCAGCCCAACGUGAGUGAGCUGGUGGUGGGGCCACUGCCUCGCCCAUCCUAUGUGCGGGAUGUGACUGUGGAGCAUCAUGGGGGCCCCUUGCCCUAUUACCGACGCCCCCUGCUGGCAACCGAGUAUGCCCAGAUAUGGAGGCAUUUGAAAGAGGUGGAGUUUCGCAAGGCACCCGUCUUCCUGGCUUCUGUCUUCAACUACAAUGGCUCCACUUUGGCGUCCUUGCACGCCAACCCCCGUGGUUUGCGCUCAGGGGACCGUGCUACCUGGAUAGGUCUCUACCAUAACAUCUCAGGUGUUGGUAUUUUCCUUCACCCGGUGGGGCUGGAACUGCUGCUGGACCACAGGGCCCUGGACCCUGCCCAGUGGGCUGUCCAGCAGGUCUUCUACCUUGGACAGUAUUAUGCAGACUUGGGCCAGUUGGAAUGGGAGUUUAAGGCUGGCCGACUGGAAGUGGUUAGAGUUCCUCUACCCUCUCCAAAUGGUGCUUCAUCUCUGAGGUCCCGGGUUUCUCCGAGUCCUCUUCCUCCACUUCAGCUCUCGCCCCAGGGCUCCCAGUACAGUGUACAAGGCAACCUGGUGGUAUCCUCCCUCUGGUCAUUUACCUUUGGCCAUGGGGUUUACAGUGGCAUGAGGAUUUUUGAUAUUCGGUUCAAGGGUGAGCGAGUAGCCUAUGAAGUCAGUGUCCAAGAGUGUCUGUCUGUUUAUGGUGGUGAGUCACCCAUGGCAAUGAUGACCCGAUACUUGGAUAGCAGCUAUGGACUUGGCCGUGAUAGCCGGGGCCUGGUACGGGGAGUGGACUGCCCUUAUCAAGCCACGAUGGUGGACAUCCAUGUAUUGGUAGGCAAAGGGACAGUCCAGCUGCUUCCAGGGGCUGUGUGUGUAUUUGAGGAGGCCAAAGGACUACCCCUUCGAAGACACCGCAAUCUGGUUGAGAGUCAUUUCUAUGGCGGUUUGGCCAGCUCAGCUCUUGUGGUCAGGUCUAUAUCAUCUGUGGGCAACUAUGACUACAUCUGGGACUUUGUGUUGCACCCAAAUGGGGCAAUUGAAGGGCGGGUCCAUGCCACAGGCUAUAUCAACGCAGCUUUCCUGAGUGGGGGAGAGGAGAGCCGCCUCUUUGGGAACCGUGUGGGAGAACAAGUGUUGGGGAUGGUGCACACCCAUGCUUUCCACUUCAAGCUGGACCUGGAUGUGGCAGGGCUGAAAAACUGGGUGGUGGCUGAAGAUGUGGUGUUUAAACCUGUGGCAGCUCCCUGGAGCCCAGAGCACCAGCUGUACCGCCCACAGCUGACUAGGCAGGUCCUGGAAAGGGAAGACCUGACAGCAUUCUCCUUGGGAAGCCUCCUUCCCCGUUACCUUUACCUGGCUAGCAACCAGACUAAUGCGUGGGGUCACCAGCGCGGGUACCGAAUCCAGAUCCACAGCCCCCUCGGCAUGCACAUGCCCCUGGAGAGCGACAUGGAGAGGGCCCUCAGCUGGGGGAGGUACCAGCUCGCGGUGACCAGGAGGAAGGAAGAGGAGUCACAGAGCAGCAGCAUCUAUUACCAGAAUGACAUCUGGACACCCACUAUGGCCUUUGCUGACUUCAUCAACAAUGAAACCCUCUUAGGAGAGGACCUGGUGGCUUGGAUUACAGCCAGCUUCCUGCACAUCCCUCAUGCUGAGGAUGUCCCCAACACAGUGACCGUGGGGAACUGUGUUGGCUUCUUGCUCCGACCCUACAACUUCUUUGAUGAAGACCCUUCCAUCUUCUCCCCUGGCAGCAUCUACUUUGAGAAGGGCCAGGAUGCUGGGCGCUGCAGUGUCAAUCCUGUGGCCUGCACCCCCCACCUGGCAGCGUGUGCCCCAGACUUGCCCCCUUUUUCUUAUCAAGACUUCUAGCUCUGAGGAUGUGGUGGGACAUGGGAGGCUGAGGCAUAAGUACCUUCCUCUGUUUGCACUUCCCAUUCCCUGCAUCCUUAUCAAGUCUGCUCCACUGAUAACCCACUCUCUCAAUGUUCUUUAGGAAACAGCCUCUUCCCAGAUAUCUCCAUAUAUCACUUUGGUUCACUCUCAUUUCUCAUUAUUUUAAAAUAUAUUAAUGAAUUCAUAAAAAUGAUGUGAAAUAUAGCACUCAAAUACUUAAUGUUCAGUUUUGGUGAGCAUUAUACUAGAUAUUUAUGCAUGUAUAUUCAAAUGGAAGAAUAAAUAAAAAUUUGUAAAAUAGAUAUGGUAUGUGUAAUUUUAAAUAAAAAGUACUACAAGGAUUUUAUUUGAAUUUAUUCUGUUUGACUUUUAAAGUAUCUGGAGUCCCCCGGAGAAUGUUUAGGACUCUUGGCCAAGGAAAUUAGCAGAGGAGAGGCGAGAAGGAAAAGGGAGACAGACCUG